AUGGCUGAAGCUUUCGUAACUUUAACUAGUGAAAUUCAAGCAAAAUCUCCUUCAAUUUCAUUUAUAAAUUCAAAUAAAGGAAAACCUCUACUAGUUGCCGAUGAUUAUACUUUUAAACUGAAUAAAACAACAACAAGUACUAAAUAUUGGAUAUGCACUAUUAAUGGUUGUGCAGCUAAAGUGCAUACUGAUUUAAAUAAUGGAUUGAUGAAAACUGUUGGCAAUCAUAGUCAUCUUCCAGAAAAAGAAAAACUUGAGGUUCGUGAAGUUCGUGAAAAAAUAAAACAACGAGCUAUAAAUGAAACAACACCUAUUCCACGUAUAUACGAUGAAGAAUGUGCAAAAGCUAUGUUAUCAAAUACUGCAAUAGCUAUCUUACCAAGUGAACGUGAAAUGAGUAAGAAAAUUUUGUUCUAUAUUUUUCUCACUGUUAAGAUUUCAACUUAA